AUGUUCUCCAGGAAGGGCCACGCCGAUGCCAGGAAAUCCACGCAGAAGGCUCUGGACCCCAAGCGGGACGUGCUCACCCGCCUCAAGCACCUGCGGGCGCUGCUGGAUAUUGUGGAUGGGAGUGACCUGAAGCAAUUUUUUGAGAACAAUUAUUCUCAAAUCUAUUUUGUAUUCUAUGAAAACUUCAUAACACUGGAAAACAGCUUGAAACAGAAAGGGAAUAAAUCCCAGAGAGAGGAGCUGGACUCCAUUCUCUUUCUGUUUGAAAAAAUACUGCAGCUGCUGCCUGAGAGGAUAUUUUACCGAUGGCAUUUCCGCAGUAUAGGGUCCAUUCUGAAGAAACUUCUGCACACUGGGAAUUCUCUCAAGAUAAGAUGUGAAGGAAUCCGCCUGUUCCUGCUCUGGCUUCAAGCACUGCAGACUAACUGUGGGGAAGAGCAGAUAUUAAUAUUUGCAUGCCUCGUGCCUGGCUUCCCACCUCUUGCCUCCUCCCGAGGUCCCUGUACACUGGAUAACCUCAUUAGUCCUCCGAAUGCACCGGAUGCCAAGAUUGCUCCAGAAGAAAUAACCCCACUGGUGCCCGCGGUCUCUGGGGAGAAAAUUGCUGAAGACCAAACCUGCUACUUCCUUCAGCUGCUGUUAAAAUACAUGGUGAUUCAGGCUGCAAGCUUAGAGUGGAAGAACAAGGAGAACCAAGACACUGGGUUUAAGUUUCUCUUUACGUUGUUCAGAAAAUACUACCUUCCUCACUUGUUUCCAUCGUUCACAAAGCUGACCAACCUCUACAAGCCUGUUCUGGAUAUUCCUGAUGUGAGACCGAGGCCAGUGUACAUCCCUGCAACCCGGAACAAUGAGAGCGUCUAUAGCACCAAGAUCCCCUACAUGGCAGCUCGCGUUGUUUUCAUUAAGUGGCUUGUGACCUUCUUCCUGGAGAAGAAAUACUUCCCUGCUGCCCAGAACAUGAAGAACGGGGGGGAAGUGCUCCCUAAGAUCAUUCAGACAGUCGGUGCUGCAGGCCAGGAUAAACCCACAGAGCCAGACACAGGCACAUCACAUGCAGGAGAGCAGGAGCGGAGCCACUCCAGCAGCAGCAGCCUGUGCGAGCGCCGGCCCAGCAGCUGCAGCCUCUGCAGCCUGGAGGAGCAGCACCGCCCCGUCUAUGACAUGGUGCAGAGGAUCCUGCUGUCCACACGGGGCUAUGUGAACUUCGUCAAUGAGGUGUUCAGGCAGGCUUUCCUGCUGCCACCUUGUGAUGUAUCUGCAACACGGAAAGUGGUUAAGGUGUAUCAGAAGUGGAUACUGCAGGAGAAGCCUGUGUUCAUGGAGGAGCCAGACAAGAAGGACGAUGGGCAGGAUGCUGGUGACAACCUAGAAGAUUCCUCAGUGCAAACGGAUGGUAAACAUCUCGCCUCGGAGCACUCGGGACACAAGCGCUCCUCCAGCUGGGGCAGGACGUACUCCUUCACCAGUGCUGUGAACAGGGGAUGUGUGCUGGAAGAGGAGGACAGGAACGUUAAAGCUGGUGCUCAAGCUGCAUUACAGGUGUUCCUGACAAACUCUGCCAAUGUCUUCUUGCUGGAACCCUGCCCUGAAGUCCCUGUGCUGCUGAAGGAGCAGGUGGAUGCUUGCAAAGCUGUGCUGAGCAUCUUCAGGCGCAUGAUAAUGGAGCUAUCAAUGAAUAAAAAGACAUGGGAGCAGAUGUUACAGAUACUCCUUAGGAUAACAGAAGCUGUGAUGCAGAAGCCAAAGGAAAACCAGAUCAAAGACACGUUCGCUCAAAGCAUGGCAGGAUUGCUUUUCCGAACCCUCAUCGUGGCAUGGAUCAGAGCCAACCUGAGCGUGUACAUCUCCCGGGAUCUAUGGGAUGAGCUGCUCAGUGUCCUGUCCUCCCUGACUGACUGGGAGGAGCUCAUCACUGAGUGGGCCAACAUCAUGGACUCUCUGACAGCCGUGCUGGCCAGAACCGUGUACGGGGUGGAGAUGACAAACUUGCCCUUGGAUAAGCUCAGUGAACAGAAAGAGAAGAAACAGAGAGGGAAAGGUGGCAUUUUGGAGCCUCAGAAGACAGCUGUAGUGGGAAGAUCUUUCUCAUUAAGCUGGAAAAGCCAUCCUGAAGUUGUGGAGCCCAUGAGGUUUAGAAGUGCCACAACCUCUGGAGCCCCAGGGGUUGAGAAGGCAAGGAAUAUUGUCCGUCAGAGAGCAACAGAUGUGGAAGAAGCUCAGCAGCUGGAGAACCUGGCAGGAGCAGAAGGCUCGGGGCUGUGUGCAGAGCAGGAGCAGCAGCUGCCUCGGAGCAGCAGCACCUCGGACAUCGCAGAGCAGUUCCCACCUGAGUUCCUACAAGGUAAAAAGGCUGCAGCUUCUCAUAAUUCCACGUCUGCAGACUCCAGAUGUGGUCAGGAAAACAAGGGAUGCGCAAAGAAGGAGCAUGAAGCUGAGCAAGUACCAGUCCGAAGGAGCAGCAGCACAGCUGAGUUGGAUUUGAGGGCAGACUGGCAGCAAUCCCAUGGCAAUUGCAGAGAGAGAGAAAAAAGUGAGAGCAUCAGCAGUGACACGUCCAUUGGCUACAACAACGAGGUGGACAUUGCUCUCAUCCCCUGGCAAGGUUCUGAAGAGGACCCUGAGGUGAAUGCCUCAGCAGAUGUUUGUGUGGAUGCUGAUGCCCCUCGCUGGCUUCAGCUUAGCCCCUCGGACACCACAAACCUGACAGACAGCAGUGAGUUCCUUGCUGAUGACUGCAGUAUCAUUGCUGGUGGAAGCCUCAUCGGCUGGCAUCCCGAUUCUGCUGCUGUGCUAUGGAGGAGGAUCUUGGGAAUUCUUGGAGAUGUGAACAACAUAAAGUCACCUAAAAUUCAUGCAAAAGUGUUUGGGUAUCUCUAUGAGUUGUGGUACAAACUUGCCAAGAUUCGGGACAACCUCGCUAUAAGUGUGGACAAUCAGUCUACUCCCUCUCCUCCUGUCCUCAUUCCUCCUCUCAGGAUAUUUGCAUCUUGGUUGUUCAAGGCAACCACCCUGCCCAGCGAGUACAAGGAAGGCAAGCUGCAGGCAUACAGACUCAUCUGUGCCAUGAUGACGAGGAGGCAGGAUGUUCUGCCGAACUCUGAUUUCCUGGUUCACUUCUAUUUUGUGAUGCACCUUGGCCUGACAAGUGAGGACCAGGAUAUCCUGAACACAGUCAUCAGGCACUGCCCACCCUGGUUCUUCUUCCUGGCCUUGCCUGGCUUUACCAUGCUCAUCGGGGACUUCAUCACGGCAGCAGCGCGGGUGCUGAGCAUGGACACGCUGGAGGCUCCCCGCUCCGAGGCUCACACCAUCCUUGGUUCUCUUGUUUGCUUCCCAAACAUCUACCACGAGAUCCCAUUGCUGCGGCCCAUUGCCGAAGCCGGAGACAUCAUCGCGGGGACGGCGGAUGUGAAGUGUUACCUCAUAAAUAUUUUAUUGAAGAAUGCUACAGAGGAGCCAAGUGAAGCUGCAAGGUGCAUAGCCAUCUGUGGCCUCGGAGUGUGGAUCUGUGAAGAGCUGACGCAGUGCACAAACCACCCCCAAGUGAAGGAAGCCAUCAAUGUCAUAGGUGUGACACUGAAGUUCUCCAACAAACUGGUAGCUCAGGUAGCCUGUGAUGUUCUUCAGCUGCUGGUUUCUUACUGGCAGAAGCUUCAGAAGUACGAACCCUCCCUGUCCAGAAAGAUCACUGAGAUCCUCGUGGCCACCAUUGCCUUUCUCUUGCCAAGUGCCGAAUACUCCUCAGUGGAAGCAGAUAAAAAGUUCAUAGUGUCAUUGCUGCUCUGCCUGUUGGAUUGGUGUAUGGCGCUGCCUGUGAAGAUGCUGCUGGAGCCUGUGUCUGCUGGUGCUCUUGAAGAUCAGCAUGCAUCCAAAGCUCCUUUACUGGACUACAUUUACAGAGUUCUGCACUGCUGUGUGAAUGGCUCCAGCACCUACACCCAGCAGAGCCACUACGUGCUCAGCCUGGCAGACCUCUCCUCCAGUGACUAUGACCCCUUCCUGCCGCUGGGCAACGUGAGGAGCUCAGAGCCAGCCCAGUGCCACUCCUCCACAGACCUGGGCAACCUGCUCACUGUCGCCGAGGAGAAAAGGAGGAGGAAUUUAGAGCUGAUCCCUCUGACUGCGCGGAUGGUCAUGACUCACCUGGUGAACCACCUGAGCCACUACCCGCUCAGCGGGGGCCCUGCCAUCCUGCACAGCCUCCUCAGCGAGAACCACGACAACUCCUAUGUGGAGUCCUCUGAGCUGUCAUCGGAUGUCUUCCGGAGCCCCAACCUGCAGCUCUUCGUGUUCAAUGACAGUGCUCUUAUAUCCUACCUCCAGAUCCCCACGGAGAAGACGGACACGGAGCCACCGGCAGCGCCCUCGGACGUCAGGGUCAUUGUCAGGGAUAUCUCAGGGAAGUACUCUUGGGAUGGCAGGAUACUGUAUGGGCCUCUGGAGGGCUGCAUCCCACAGCAGAGCUCACCGAGCGCCCUGCUCGUCUCCAGCACCCCCCAGCACCACUCCAUGUCCCAGAAGGACCUUUCCCAGGUGGAAGAGGGGGAAGAUGCUCUGGACCGGCUGCUGGACAGGAUCGGUACCACCAGCCCCGAGUGCCUCCUGCAUCCCCAGCGGAGGCUGAACGAGCCAGCACCACCUCCCUGCGGCAUGAGCUGCGAGCAGGAGCGUGCGCUCACCGAGGCCCUGGUGAGGCAGAGUGCUCAGGAGGAGCAGUACAUCCUCAGGUGCAGCUCAGACCUCAGCAUGAGGGUGGCCCACCAGGAGGAACCACGUCCUGUUGAACCACAGGCUUCCUUCUACUUCUGUCGGCUCUUGUUGAAUGACUUGGGAAUGAACUCCUGGGAUAGACGGAAAAGCUUUCAUCUUCUGAAGAAGAAUUCAAAGCUGCUGCGAGAGCUGAAGAACCUGGAUUCCCGACAGUGCCGGGAGACCCACAAGAUCGCAGUGUUCUACAUUGCAGAGGGGCAGGAGGACAAGUGCUCCAUCCUGUCCAAUGCAAGGGGAAGCCAGGCCUAUGAAGAUUUUGUUGCUGGACUGGGCUGGGAGGUUGAUCUCUCCACGCACGGGGGGUUCAUGGGUGGCCUGCAGCGCAAUGGCAGCACGGGACAGACAGCGCCCUACUAUGCUACCUCCACCGUGGAGAUCAUCUUCCAUGUGUCCACAAGGAUGCCUUCAGAUUCAGAUGAUUCCCUCACCAAAAAGCUUCGUCACUUGGGAAAUGAUGAGGUUCACAUCGUCUGGUCUGAGCACACCAGGAACUACCGCAGAGGCAUUAUUCCCACUGACUUUGGAGAUGUUCUAAUUGUUAUUUACCCCAUGAAGAAUCACAUGUUUUUCAUAGAGAUAAUGAAGAAACCAGAGGUACCAUUCUUUGGUCCUCUGUUCGACGGAGCCAUCGUGACUGCGAAGCUGCUGCCAAGCCUCAUCUGUGCCACGUGCAUCAACGCCAGCAGGGCCGUCAAGUCCCUCAUCCCGCUCUACCAGAGCUUUUACGAGGAACGAGCUCUGUAUCUCGAAGCAAUAAUCCAGAACCAUAAAGAAGUAAUGACAUUUGAGGAUUUUGCCGCUCAGGUCUUUUCUCCCUCUCCCAGCUACUCCCUCGGUGGAACUGAUUAGAAUAAGUACCGGGCUCGUUACGGUAAUUGCCGCAGGCUGCCCCAGCACCAGCGCCGACCUCGAGGUGUCCCCGGCGGUGUCUGCGCGGCGCUCGCCCCCGCUGCGGGUGCCCG